AUGUACCAUUACGCAUCAACGUAUAACUAUUUGAAUUCUAUUUUCGUAGCUCAACUCAAAAAGCAUUAUCCAGACACACAGCUAUUCUGGGUUAUUAAACAAUCAAUCGAUUAUUUGCCUUAUUGCAGCAAUAUCAACGAUCCGCUUGAACAACGGCGUCACCUUGACGAUACGGUUAAUCAAAUGUAUACCGAUGGUGUCACCUUUAACGAGAUUUACACGAAUACGGUUGUAACGGAAUUUAUCUUGACAUCAUCUUCCACUGCUGUCGAUGUCAAGCUGGAAUCCACCACUUCUCGACAUCUGCGUAACAUCGACCAUGUCAUUGUCAAUACUGGUUUACAGCCCGACCGCAGUCUCUAUGCAAAUUUGAACGUGCAUGAAUGCCCUCUCACGAAGGGUCCAAUAGCGUUGGCUGCUAAAUUAUUGUCUUCCACUAACAAUGACUGUCUGAAUCAAAUAAGUCACGGGACAAGCAGUUUGAUGACAACGGAAAAUAAUUUUUUUAUCGUUGGUAACAAGAGUUAUGGUUCUCAUAAGAACUUUCUCAUGAAGAUCGGCUUCGAACAAGUGGAUUUGGUUUUUCAAAUUAUCAAUAAUAGCCGCAAAGUAUCCACGAAGGUUUUAGAAAGCUGCACACCUGUUUAUGAUGCAUGA